AUGGAUAAACGUGAACAAUCUCAAAGAUUUAAUAAUGGUGUUAGUGAAAUCAUGCCAGAAAUCAAAAUACUAUUACAUAAUGAUGAAUUCUUGGUUAUCGAUAAACCCUAUGAUGUUAGAAUAGAUGGUGAUACAUCGAAAGGACAUACAGUUUUAUCACUUCUUUAUAAUCAAAUUCCAAAUUUACCAAAACCAUUAAGAAAUGUACAUCAACUUGAUCAUUCAACAUCAGGUUGUUACUGUUUGGCAUUAACAAAAAAAUCUGCUGGAAUAGCGAGUGUUGCUUUCGCUAAACGUAGAGUUGAUAAAUAUUAUUUGGCCAUUGUUAGAGGCUGGUUGAGAAAUGAUUGUUAUGUAGUUGAACAACCUAUUGCAGAAGUACCAAAUAAUAGAUAUCGAAUGUGUAUAGGUACAGAAGAUAAUCCAGGAAAGUCUGCAAAAACAGAAAUAAAAGUCCUCCGUCGAGGAUAUUUUCAUGAUAAACAUAAUUGCUCGUUGCCAUCAUCUCCAUCAACAACGCCGACACAAUCACCUUCAAUUCAAAAUAUACGAGUAACGUUAGUUAGUCUUCAUCCUAUUACAGGUAGAAGACACCAAUUAAGAUUACAUUGUCAAUUCUUAAAUCAUCCUAUUGUAGGUGAUUGGCAUUAUGAGAGACAAAUUAUGAAUUAUACCGAUACUUGGCGUAUGAUGUUACAUGCUCAGAAAUUAGUUAUACCAUUAAAUAAAAAUGAUGAAGAAAAGGGAAAAGUUUUGGACGUCGAUGCCGGUGAUCCUUUUUCUGAAUUUGUUGUUGAUGAAUUUAGAAACGUUGUUGUAGGUAACGUUGAAAACUGA